UGACAUUUUUAAGCCGACGGUCUACUUGUGUACUUCUCCCCCGCUGCAGGGCGGUAGGGGCGCCGCAUUUCCGGAGGUGCUCGUCGUUCCACCCAGGUUGGCUCCGCGUUUCACCUUUCUGUCUGGCAUGUGACUGCCAACGGAGGCUUAUUACUAAGGUUAAAAAAACAGUAGCUCGCUAAGGUUUGCAGCCCUGCCACCAAAAGGAGAGAAAGAGUUCUCCGGUUGUUACCGGUGUCCUGCCGAGGCGGACAGAGAUGGAAGGGCUGUGCGGAGAGAAGCUCCCUUUCUGGGUAGCCAAUCAGACGUUCCACACAGAUCAGCCUGACCUCCCGGUUUGUUUCCAACUCACCGUCCUGGCAUGGCUGCCGUGCGGCUACCUAUGGGCGGUCUCUCCCAUCUAUCUCUUCUACCUAAAAAAGAACAACAAAGGCUACAUCAUGAUGUCCAUCAUGAACCGAUUCAAAACGGCGUUUGGCUUGUUGUUAUGGAUUGUUUGCUGGACAGAUCUCUUCUACACAUUCCACCAAAUGCAGCAGGAAGCCAAUCCACCACCUGUUUUCUUUAUCACUCCCUUGGUGCUUGGAAUGACCAUGCUGCUGGCCACAUUUUUGAUCCAGUUGGAGAGGUUACGUGGGGUUCAGUCCUCAGGGGUCCUCUUCAUCUUCUGGUUCCUGUCUGUGCUGUGUGCCAUCGUGCCUUUCCGCUCCAAGAUCCUGCAUGCAUCCAGUCAGGUUGAAGUCACAGACAAGUUGCGUUUCACCACAUUCUACUUCUACUUUGGAUUGGUGGUCUUGGAGCUGAUCCUCUGCUGCUUCAACGAGAAAGCGCCUCUCUUCUCCAAUGUUGACACAGACCCUAAUGUCUGCCCUGAAUCCACAGCUGGUUUUCUAUCCACUAUAACAUUUUGGUGGUUCACAAGAUUGGCAAUUAAAGGGUAUAAAAUGCCGCUGGAGGCUAAGGACCUCUGGUCUCUGAACCAGCGUGACAGCUCCAAGGCAACGGUGCCCAAACUCCUGAAAGAAUGGGACAAGGAGCAAGCCAAAGCCAAGAGUGAACAGAAGCUGUCCAAUCAAGUUUUGUACUCCAAGCCUCCACCAUCCAACACCAACCACAUAGAAAAUCAAAGCGGAACAAGUCCAGAAGAAGUUGAAGUGCUGCUGUCCAAUCAGAAAGCUGUACCGCGCCAGCCGUCGUUUCUACGUGCCCUUAUCCGAGCUUUUGGGCCAUAUUUCCUAAUUGGCUCAGCUUACAAGCUCCUGCAGGAUGUCAUCACCUUUGUUAACCCACAGCUGCUGAGCAUGUUGAUCUCCUUCACAAAGCAAAAAGAUGUCCCUGACUGGUGGGGUUACUCGCUGGCGUUCCUCAUGUUCUUCACAGCCUUCAUGCAGACUCUCAUCCUACACCAGCACUUUCAGUACUGCUUUGUCACGGGCAUGAAUGUACGCACAGCUCUCAUUGGAGCUUUAUACCGCAAGGCCUUGGUGAUAACUAAUGCUGCCAAACGUUCAUCCACGGUGGGAGAGGUGGUGAACCUCAUGGCUGUGGACGCUCAGAGAUUCAUGGACCUCACCACCUUCCUUAACAUGCUUUGGUCUGCUCCGAUUCAGAUUAUGCUGGCAUUAUAUUUCCUCUGGCAGAAUCUUGGCCCAUCAGUUUUGGCUGGAGUGGCUGUCAUGAUCCUACUGAUCCCAUUUAAUGCUGCAAUAGCCAUGAAGACCCGUUCCUAUCAGGUGGAGCAAAUGCAGCACAAGGAUGCUCGUAUUAAGCUCAUGAAUGAGAUCCUGAGCGGAAUCAAAGUACUGAAGCUGUAUGCCUGGGAGAACUCCUUCAAGGAGAAGGUUUUGGCUAUCCGGCAGAAGGAGCUUGAUGUGCUGAGGAAGACCGCAUACUUGGGAGCACUGUCCACCAUGGCUUGGACCAGUGCCCCUUUUCUGGUUGCCCUGACAACAUUUGCCGUGUACGUGACGGUAGAUGAGAACAACAUCCUGGAUGCGGAGAGGGCUUUCGUUUCGCUCUCACUCUUUAACAUCCUUCGUUUCCCUCUGAACAUGCUUCCCCAAGUGAUGAGCAGCCUCGUUCAGACAAGCGUGUCACUGAAGCGAAUCCAAAGUUUCCUGAGUCAUGAUGAACUGGAUCCAAAUUCAGUGGACAGAAAGGUCACAGCAACAGAGUUUUCAGUCACAGUCGUCAACGGAAAAUUCACCUGGGCUAAAGAAGAUUCUCCAUGUCUGCACAACAUCAAUGUGAUGGUGCCCCAUGGCUCCCUGUUGGCAGUGGUGGGUCAUGUUGGCUGUGGGAAGUCCUCCCUAAUUUCUGCCCUGCUGGGUGAAAUGGAGAAGCUGGAAGGAGAGGUUUCUAUUCGGGGAUCAGUGGCGUACGUACCUCAGCAGGCCUGGAUACAGAACGCCACUCUGCGUGAUAACAUCCUGUUUGGGAGACCAUACAAUGAGCAGAAGUACCGCUGCGUGCUGGAGGCCUGUGCCUUAACCCCUGACCUGGAAGUGUUGCCAGGAGGAGACAUGACGGAAAUAGGAGAAAAGGGCAUUAACCUUUCUGGAGGCCAGAGACAGAGGGUCAGCCUGGCCAGAGCUCUGUACAGUGAUGCAGACGUCUACCUGUUGGAUGACCCUCUGUCUGCUGUAGACGCACAUGUGUCCAAACACAUAUUUGACAAUCUCAUCGGUCCAGAGGGGGCUCUGAAGGGCAAGACACGUAUACUGGUGACACAUGGCAUCAGCUACCUCUCCCAGGUUGACAAUAUCUUGGUGAUGGUAGAUGGCAGGGUGUCCGAGAUGGGCUCCCAUCAGGAGCUGCUCAAGCAGAAUGGAGCCUUUGCUGAGUUUCUCAGGAACUACGCUCUGGAGGACAUCGUAGAGGAGGAUGAAGCCACAGAGGAAAUGAUUGAUGGUGAGGAUUUGUUCCCUGACGACACCCUUAGCAACCACAUCGACAUGGUGGACAGUGAGCCAGGGAUCAAUGAAGCAAAGAGAAAAUUCAUAAGGCAAAUCAGCAUCAUUUCAGCAGAUGGUGAGACCACUAAAACCCGGACGGUGAGGAGGCACGGCUGUAGCGUGAGGAAACUCCCAGAGCCCCAAGAGAAGAAGCCACACGAUAUACAGAAACUCAUCCAGGCAGAGACUACAGAAACAGGCAGGGUGAAAAUGAAGGUUUACCUGGAAUACGCCAAGGCGGUGGGGCUGCUGCUGUCUGUGCUCAUUUGCUGUCUCUAUGGCUGCCAGAGUGCAGCCUCCAUCGGCGCAAACAUUUGGCUCAGUGACUGGACCAAUGAUGCCAUGCAAAACCAAACUCAGGAAAACAUUAAUAUGAGAGUGGGGGUGUAUGCGGCGCUUGGGCUCACGCAAGGUGUGCUGUUGUUGGUUAACUGCCUGUUGUUCCAGGCCUACAGUAUGCUAAGGGCGGCCAAGCUCAUGCAUCGCAACCUGCUUCAGAGGGUCCUGCGAGCGCCCCAGUCCUUCUUCGAGAGCACCCCCGUUGGGCGGUUAUUAAACCGCUUCAGCAAAGAUGUGGAUUCCAUAGACUCCCUCCUCCCACAUCAAAUUGACAUAUGGAUGCGCACUUUCUGGUACACACUGACUGUGCUGCUCAUAUGCUCUGCCCUCACCCCCGUGUUCCUCAUAGUCGUAGCCCCGUUAAUGGUGUCCUAUUGGUGGGUUCAGAGAUUUUAUGUCGCCACAUCUCGGCAGCUAAAGCGUUUGGAGUCUGUCAGCCGCUCGCCCAUUUAUUCCCAUUUCUCUGAAAGCAUCACCGGCUCCAGUGUUAUCCGAGCCUUUGGCAGAUGCCCUGCCUUCGUUUCGAUGAGUGAUAUGAAAGUGGAUGAGAACCAAAAGAGUUACUACCCGGGUAUAGUGUCCAAUAGAUGGCUGGGCGUUCGCAUAGAGUUCAUCGGAAACUGCAUCGUGCUGUUUGCUGCUCUCUUUGCCGUCACUGGAAAGGAAAACCUAAACCCCGGCCUUGUGGGUCUAUCAGUGUCCUACGCUUUACAGGUGACCAUGUCUCUUAAUUGGAUGGUGCGUAUGACGUCUGACCUGGAGAACAACAUUGUAGCAGUGGAGAGAGUGAAGGAGUACUCCGAGACCCAGACUGAGGCAGCCUGGGAGAUCGAGGACAAGAAGCCCCAUGCCGAUUGGCCCAUGAAGGGGAAUGUGGAAUUCCAUGACUACAGUGUUCGAUAUAGGGAAGGACUGGAUCUGGUGCUGAAAAACCUGACACUGAGUGUCAAAGGUGGAGAGAAGAUUGGUAUUGUGGGUCGCACAGGGGCAGGCAAGUCCUCCAUGACGCUCUGUCUCUUCCGUUUGCUGGAAGCUGCUGAAGGAGAGAUCUCCAUUGAUGGCGUAAAGAUAUCGGAAAUAGGCCUGCAUGACUUGAGGUCCAAACUCACCAUCAUUCCACAGGAGCCUGUCCUGUUCUCCGGAACGCUGAGGAUGAACCUCGACCCUUUUGAGAAGUACACCGAUGAGGAGGUGUGGAAGGCUCUGGAAUAUUCCCAUUUGCACAAGUUUGUGAGUAACCAGCCAGCAAAACUAGAGAUGGAAUGCUCAGAAGGAGGCGAGAACCUCAGUGUGGGCCAGAGGCAGCUGGUGUGUUUGGCUCGUGCUCUCCUGAGGAAGACAACAAUCCUCAUCCUGGAUGAAGCGACCGCUGCUAUCGACUUGGAGACGGAUGAUCUUAUCCAGUCCACCAUUAGGACUCAGUUUGAGGACUGCACAGUCUUUACCAUCGCACACAGACUCAACACAAUUAUGGAUUAUACAAGAGUGCUGGUAUUGGACAAGGGUCAGAUUGCAGAGUUCGACACCCCUGCGAGUCUCAUAUCUCAACGAGGACUCUUCUACGGCAUGGCAAAAGAUGCAGGACUGGCGCAGUAGAACGGGAUCUUAAAAACAGGGUAUGAGGUUUCCAGAGUACUUAAAUGCAUCGUCUGAAUGGGGCUUGAUGUCAAGCCUUGAACUCCACUGCAGGAAAAAAAACACCAACAUCAGGUCAUUUACUCUUUUUGCACUGAGAGUAGAGUCCUAUGUGGUAAGAAUUGGAGUCAUUACACAAGGAAAGCAAGCUUUACUCAUCCAAGUCCGAACUAAAGUGCCUUCUGCCAGCGGGAAGAGGAAAGCCAGUGAAUGUAUCAUUUUCUUGUCGUCUGGCUCCGCUGCCAAAACGUAACAUCACAAACAGGCCAUUAGGAGGCUUUUUUUAAUCUUUUUUUUUUUCCAACUAGUGAAGAUAUUGUGCCACUGUACUGUCUGCAAAAAAAAACUUUUGUGAUGAACCCACUUAUUUUUGUACCGUGUCAUUAUUUAAGCUUUUUUAAUGCAUCUAGGGACGUUUGCUCAGUUCAAUAUGUGAUUCUUCUGUGAACCAAAUCUAUUAAAAAAAACUUGAAUUCUGUACCACCAAAAUAUGAAAUAUGAUGAUACCUUUAUUAAAAAAAACAUAAAUACACCAAGCUUCCUGUUUUAAAUUGUUGCAUUUGUUGGUUUUUUUAAUAAAGUGGCUUCAUUGAUCCCAAAUAAAUG